UUUUGAUUUUUUAUUUUUUUUUAUAACACGCUGAGCUGAAGUCAUGGCAGCCAAAAUGGAGCUCGCUCCUCUCAGACCGUGGAGUGACUUCUUUCCCGGAGCGGACAGGUUCUCCAAACCAGAGUUUGGAGAUUUAACCAAGUGGAACGAUAGAAUGAUCAGCAAUUUGAUGUAUUACCAGACUAAUUAUUUCAUCGUAGUCUUGAUUGUCUUUCUCUUUGUGGGGUUCCUGAAUCCCUUUGGCAUGUUUCUGGGUGGUACUGUAGUUUCGUUGGUCUUCGCUGGUUCCGUUUGGGCCGGGGAGAACAAGGCCAUAAUCAAGAACUUCAAGAGGAAGAACCCCACUCUGUUUGUGAUCGGGGUCAUGGCCACCAGCUACUUUCUGCUCUCACUGUGUGGAGGUGUCAUGGUCUUCAUCUUCGGAAUCACUUUUCCUUUACUGCUUAUCUUGAUCCAUGCAUCUCUGAGAUUGCGCAACAUUAAAAACAGGCUAGAGAACAAAAUUGAAGGCGUUGGGCUGAAGAAGACCCCAAUGGGCAUGCUGAUGGAUCUUCUUGACCAGCAGGAGGACAAGAUUAACAAGAUUCAAGAUUUCUUUGAAAGUAAAGUGAAGGAGUAAUCUUUAAGCAAGUUGAAUGCCAAAGAAAGCAGGUGUAUAAAGAAGGGUUCAAAUGGUUAGAGCAUUAUCCUGAGAGUCAAUAUUUUCAGUCCUUGCACAUGUAAAAUUACUAAUAUUUACAUUUCCCACUUUUGUUCCAUUUUAGUUUUAGAUCGUAUGAUAGUUCUAAUAACCCUUACAAUAUUAACUGUACAGUUAAAGAUUGCUGUGUGAGCAGAAAGAUGUGAGUCGUAUGACUUAAGUUUUUUUUUUUUUUAUUGCUAUGUGCAAAAAUCCAAAAUCGCCUCCCAAAUUAUGCGUGAAAACUAGAAAAAUUAAGAAAAGAAAAUGACUCCUAAACGCUUUAUCCUUGUUUGUUACCUCAGAUUUGCAAUGUAUAAUGUCACUUAAUAGGCCCAUAUUAAACUAUAACUGAAAUUACAGAGGCCCUAGAAGGUGUGCACAAUCCUAUAAACAAAUCUAUUAUUAACCCAAGAUUUUUUUUCCAAUCCUCAUUUGAUAUACAUCCAGGAAAGUUCAACCCGAAAGCACAUUUUGGUAGGAAAAUAUAGCAAAAUAGAAUAAAAGCUGUAAUGUUAUCCUCACAUAAAUAUGUGCACCCUUGUUUUGAAACUUUAAAGUGUUCCAUCUUCUUGGAGACACGUCAAACAUAAGGGAUUUAAAAUAUCUAAUUGACCUGCUGUUCUUUUUAUUUUUCUUAUUUUUUAAACCCAGAAAAGCUAAUAAUGAGUCAGAAUAAGUCAUUUAACAGAGGUAUUCAUAAGGAAAGGAGCAAACACAAAAGGUCACAUUGUAACAUUUUCAGUCAUAAUUGAAAAAGUAAUGUGAAAAGAGUGACACACAUUAGAGAGUGGAUAUUAGUUCCAAAACUAACAAAGACAAAAUGGGAAGUGGUCAGAAAGCUGCAGGAAUAUCUGUCAAGUACUGUUUGGGUUCUACAAGUCAGAACAACCUCCUCUAUUCUCUAUUUCUCUGGUCUACAGAGCAUUUCUAAUGUCUGGUAUUUUCACAGAGCGUAUUAUAUGAUGAAACAGGAUCCACAACUCAUGGUCACACCAUUUUUGGCCAAAGUGUUGAAAUUAUUUAUCAUGGAAUAGAUAAAUAGUUGUUCUAAAUCAGGAGUGUGUAGACAUUGGAGAGCCACUGAUUUAAAGCCACCUUAGUGGUUGUUUAAUGGCAAUCAUGUUUGGAGGAGCUUUAUAAAUACUGAUCUGAGACCAGUUUGUAUCGUUGAUAAAUGCCCUUUUAUUGCCUGACCAAAUAUAACAGAAAUAUUUCCUUUUUUUUCUCUGUUGUCAGUAAGUUGCCAAACUGACCUCAGUAUAUAUAUAUCCUCUAAUCGCAGCUAUGCAAUACUGAAAAAUGAAUGGCAAAAGUCUCUAUUAUAUAACUAUGAAGUCUGCAUGUUGUAUCUCAGUUUUUUUUUGUUUUGUUUUUUGUUUUUUUAUAUUAGCAUAAAGAAAGCUUGAAAUGGCAGCAACACCUGAAUGAACACACCUUGUUCCCUUUUUUUACUGUCCGGUCCAAUUAAGCCCGUCAUCUGACACAAAUUUAUGAUGUACUGCUUGUUUUGUUCUGUUGUUUUGCUUCUCAAAAAUGCACUUUGAAGGCUAUGCAUGUUUUGUUUACAGAAGGCCUGAAGGAGAGAUGCUACAAAUGCAAUUUUUAUCUGUCUUUUUCAUUAUUUAAAAUACUGUACACCAAUGACAUUUACUAGCACCAAAAAUAAGUACUGUUUGUCUUGUGUAAAUUGAAUAAUUUGCAGUCUUGGUGUGAAUAAAGAGAUAUAUAAACA